AUGAAUUUUGUGAUCUUGGGUUUCUUGAUGAUAGCUGUCUUGAUUCCUACUAAUGUAGUAGGAAGGGAUUUGUAUGAGACCUCAUCAAUCUCUAAAACAGCAAGUGUAUCUUCACAUCUUGAUGAAAAUUGCGGCAAGUCUAGUAUUCAAAUAAAUCAAUCUCCAACUGAACCACUUCCAAGUGGUAUUCCAACAUAUACAGUUGAGAUUGCAAACACAUGUGUCUCUGGUUGUUCCAUCUCUAACGUUCAUGUUGCAUGUGGCAUGUUCAGUUCUGCGACACUUAUCAAUCCAAACACCUUCAAGCGUCUCAGCAACAAUGAUUGUUUAGUUAAUGGUGGAAACACUAUUCCUAAUGGAGGUGUUAUUUCCUUCAAAUAUGCUAACACAUAUUCUUAUCCUCUUUCUGUCUCAUCUGUGGAUUGUAGUUGA